AUGCCUCCUCUUCUACAGCCUAUGGUUCAAAGCUUGUUUAUUGACAAAGAGGACAUCAGGGAAGAAAAGAAACAUCAUUCCCACUCCAAGAGGAAAAGGGAAAUUGGCCGCUGGGCUCUUCGUGCCGCGCACCUCUCCCCGCUCCCCCGCGGCGGGCGCGGCGAAGUUCAGCACCUCGGAAAGCGCCCCCUCUCCCGGCGCGGGGGUUACGCAGGCUCCUUGGGAGCCCGCGGCCUCGGUUUGGCGGGUGGGAAUGCAACUCGCGGGAACGCUGCGGGCAAAUCCCUGGGAGCUGACAACAGCGGAGAGACGGAGACGCGAAGCAGCGAGGGCAGCAUCGAAAGCCCUCCAGAGAGUCAGAGCGAGGUAGACAGAACUCUGUUCAGAAACCUCGUCCACGCAACCGCGGAGGAAAGCGACAAAGACGCUCAGCGCAACUCUCGUGCCCAAGGCCAAGCUCCGCUCGCCGGGGACGCGCCUGGCGCCCUGGUCCUAGGCGCUCUCUUCCGCGGCUGCUUUGAAAGCCCCCAGAGGCACCUGCGCAGGCAGGUGGCCGCUGCAGCCGCGAAAGCCACCAUGAAUAAGGCGGCUGGCGGGGACGAGCUCGCAGAACUCUUCAGUCUGAUCCCGGACCUUCUGCAGGUGACCAACACUAGCGGCAACGCGUCGCUGCAGCUGCAGGACUUGUCGUGGGAGCUGGGGCUAGAGUUGCCGGCCGGCGCGGCGCCAGGGCAUCCCCCGGGCGGCGGCCGGGCAGAGAGCGCGGACACCGAGGCCCGGGUGAGGAUCCUCAACAGCGUGGUGUACUGGGUGCUUUGCGCGUUGGGGCUGACGGGCAACCUCCUGGUGCUCUACCUGAUGAUGAGUAAGCAGGGCUGGCGCAAGUCCUCCAUCAACCUCUUCGUCACCAACCUGGCGCUGACGGACUUUCAGUUCGUGCUCGACUUCAAAUGGCCUUUUGGCAAGGCCAUGUGUAAGAUCGUAUCCACAGUGACGUCCAUGAACAUGUACGCCAGUGUCUUCUUUCUCACCUCCAUGAGUGUGGCGCGGUAUCACUCGGUGGCCUUGGCUCUUAAGAGCCACCGGACCGGAGGGCACGGCUGGGGCGACUGCUGUGGCCGGAGCCUGGGGGACAGCUGCCGCUUCUCAGCCAAAGCACUGUGCGUGUUGAUCUGGGCCUCGGCCGCGCUGGCCUCGCUGCCCAAAGCCAUCUUCUCCACCACGAUCAAGGUGAUGGGCGAGGAGUUGUGCCUGGUGCGCUUCCCGGACAAGUUGCUAGGCCGCGACAGGCAGUUCCGGCUGGGCCUCUACCACUUGCAGAAGGUGCUGCUGGGCUUCGUGCCGCCGCUGGGCAUCAUCAGCCUGUGCUAUCUGCUGCUGGUGCGCUUCAUCUCCGACCACCGCGUGGCAGGGACCGAAGUAGGAGCCUCAGCAGCCGGGGGAGGCCUGGCCAGAGCCAGCGCCCAGAGACUCUCCAAGGCCACCAAAUCAGUGACCAUCGUGGUCCUAUACUUCUUCCUGUGUUGGUUGCCUAAUCAGGCACUCACCACCUGGAGCAUCCUCAUCGAGUUCAACGCGGUGCCCUUCAGCCAAGAGUACUUCCUGUGCCAGGUGAGCGUGUGCCUGGCGCACUCCAACAGCUGUCUCAACCCCAUCCUCUACUGCCUCAUGCGCCGCGAGUUCCGCAAAGCGCUCGAGAAUCUACUGUGGCGCCUCGCGUCGCCUUCUCUCACUAGCAUGCGCCCUUUCGCCGCCGCCACCAAGCCGGAGCCCGAGGCCCGGGGUAGGAGGGACAAGGAGAGAGAGAAGCACAAAAGAGCAGCCUACGAAGAGGCCGGGGGACCUUCUCCGGAGAGGGGAGGCUGCGAACCCAGGUGGAGAGAGGAAGGUGGCAAAGUGGCUGAGACCAGCCUCGCUGGACCAAGCCACCAGCCUCCGUCCCCCUUGUCUCCACACACACCCCUUCCUCUCCUUAUGCUGUCAACACUGGGCAGUGUGGUGUGCCCAGAAGCCAAGAAAGGCUUCAGGAAUGUAAAGCAGUUCGGGGACAAGGAAGAGGGCCUCAGCCAAAUGGUGCGCAGACAACUGAGCGCACUUAUUCCAGCGACUCCCCCCACCCCCGCCCCAGCUCUUGAAAGGGUCCUCAAGGUGCAUCCAGUCGGGUGA